CGAAGAAACAACGCCUUUCUCUCGUUAAGAACGGCGUUCACCCCGACGCAGACUCAUCCCUUGGCAAGCCCCGCCUAUUUGCAUUGGAAUCCGCCCCCACACUGCUGCAAGACACAACCCGUCGAGAGAGCAGCCGAUCAUGAGGCCGCCCGGAGAGCGGACGCAAGAGCGAUCGGAGGAGACGCUGAGUCAUUCAUCGGCCGAUGAGGAAGCACCGGCCAGGCAGCGAGCCGCCUCCCGCAAGUCGGUGUGGCGCAUCCUCACCGAGCCAGACAGACGGCAGGCAGGGGAGGCGCUGCUGGCAGCAGACGCCCAGCCGUACAGCAAGGAGAACAAGUACGCGUACACGAUGGAGCCGGUGGAGCUGGAGACUCGGCGGCUGGUGAACCCGCGCACGUCGGUGAUGACACCGCGGGAGCUGACGAAGGAGCUGAGACGGCAGACGAUCAUGUCGCCUGAGUUUGAGGAGGCGCUGAAAGAAGAGUGAGUGAAGUGAAAGAGUGCGGAGUGAAGGCUCUUCAUUCGAGUCUGCUUGCCUUCUUUGAAUGUGCAGGAACCCGUCUGCCCACCACAUGCUGUCAGCGACCUGGAUCGGCUACACGCUGCAGGCCAGCCUCUUCUUCGCUUCCGUCUUGGUGACGUCGCUGUCCCCCAACAUCAUCGCAUACGCCAAGAGACACCCCAAGACGGGCGAACGAUAUGAGCCGUUCAUCGACGGUGAGCGAGGCGAGCAGAAGCUGCCAAUAUGCAGACACGAUUGCCGUCUGUCUGUGUCUCUUGGUGCAGGUGUCCUGUAUGUGGUGAUGAAUCUGUCCUUGCUCGUCAUUAUGGUGGCCACAUCAGUGGUCAUGCAAGGCGUCGCCGGGCUGAAACGCUGCUUCAACAUCAAGGUUCGGCGGAUGAUACUCGCAUGUGGUGCCACAGCACUCUGCACACGCCCGUGUUGUGUGUGUGCCAUCUGCAGGAGAUUAUGGUCAUGUCGCCUCCUGCCAUGCUGUACGGCAUGUGUGACGUGCUCUACUCCAUCUCACUGUCCUCCAUAAUCCCGCACUCUCCAACGUCCUCUCCCAGUCAAAGACCAUCCUCACCGCAGCCAUUUGCCAGUACAUGUGUCGAGCAACAAAUGCACCGGCACUCCCGUGUGAUGGCUCUUUGCUAGGUUUGGUCUCAAGAGGGAAGUGACGGCAUUGCAAUGGACAUUCUUAUUAUUGAAGAUCAUGGUGAUUUUGCUGUUUAUGCGGGUGGAGCAGCUGUUUGAGAUCAGCGUUGCGAGCAAGGCUGAGAGGCAGGGGGAGACCGUGGGGCUCAUCAUCUACCUCAUGGUGGUAAGACAGGCCUGGGACAGACACGACGUAGACCACCUCUCGUGCCGUGCAUCCGGCUCUUGUCCAUUUAGAUCCUGAUUGCGAUCCCUGCGGGCGUCUUGUCAGACCAUCUCUUUAAGAAGACGGCACAGAAUCCAUUCUACAUACAAAUGGCCCAGGCAAAGCACAAGCACCCUGCCGUAAUGAGAUAAAUCAUGAGAGUGGGUGCGUCCAUGCAGACGGCUUGCGUGACGACCACCGCCGCCGGCCUGGUGGGCAUCCUUCAGGCGUCUUAUCCUGUCAAUAUUUGGCCCAAGCUCCUCAAGGAGGGCCCCUUCGCCGGCAUGCACUGCAAGGGGCUGACUCCAUGUGGAUGGAAUCUUCGUGUGUGGUUUAUGAUAUUCUGGUGAGGGAAAUGCAACCGCUCCUCUCGUCUCCACGUGUGUAGCCGCAUGUUUGUGUGUGUACGGCAGGUUGCUGCUCCGUAUCAUCUUUGGGUGCCUGGUGAUGAAGCGGCUCGAUGCCAUCUGGAAGUCGCUUGCAGAUGCCGUCUCCACGGUCAGUAUGCAUGUGUGUCUCUGCCCUCUGCACCCAUGACAGUUUGCCUCGUGCGCGCAGGUCGUGACGUACAGCUUUUCGAUCAUGAUCUUUGGAGCGCCGAUGGGGCCCGCCUUCGAACCAAAAGUGAGUUUUCAAGGCAUCAGGUCGGAUGGAGACAUAGAGAGAGGAGACUGCGUGUCCCUCCUUGCUCCAGAUGUUUCUGGCCUGUACUCUGGUCAUCACGGUGAUCGGGUAAGCCACCUCGCACGACAGGUGACAAUUCACGUCUUCCUUUCUCCCAUGUGCAGCUAUUUGAUCACCAAGAUUGAGCCGAAGGAGCCCCGCGCCGAGGAGACAGCACAGAUCGAGCCGAAAGAGGACAGGAAACCCGUCAUUCGAACAACGCGGACAUUGGAGUCCAUACAAGAACGCCCGGGCGACUGGGACGAUACCCAGCGAGACCGCUCUGAGAGUGAGUCCGCAUUUGAACCCGCAAGGGGUCUGCGUGCUGUUGGGGUGACUGUUGAGAUGAAGCGGGAGGGACAAUAGGAGUGACAGAUUACGGAGAUAGGACAAUGUCAUGACAACUGAGACAUGUACGUAUGCAACAGGGCGUGUGCGAUGGAAUGGAGUUGAGACAUUCAAAGGCUGCGUGAGCAAAGCUUCGUGCCAGUACAUUCGCAAAAUC